GAUUCGGUAGUGCCAAAAAGGGAGGUAAAGAGGAUGCAGUUCGGCAUUUUGAGUCCAGAUGAGAUUCUUCGAAUGUCAGUGACUGACGAUGGUGGAAUAAAAUAUCCUGAAACAACAGAAGGGGGACGCCCCAAAUUAGGUGGGCUGAUGGACCCCCGACAAGGUGUGGUCGACAGAACAUCAAGAUGUCUGACCUGUGCUGGAAACAUGGCUGAAUGCCCUGGUCACUUUGGUCAUAUUGAACUUUCAAAACCAGUUUUCCAUGUACCAUUCAUAACAAAGAUCAUAAAAAUUUUAAGAUGUGUCUGCUAUUAUUGUUCUAGAUUGCUUGUUGAUCCAAACCACCCAAAGGUGAAAGAAAUAUUAAUUAAAACCAAAGGUCAACUAAGAAGAAGGCAGGGUUAUGUAUAUGACCUCUGUAAAGUCAAGAACGUCUGUGAUGGUGGGGAGGUAGAUAAGAAGGAUGAUGAUGCUGACCCUGAUAAGGAAAACAGAAAGGUCAUGGGGUGCGGUCGCAAUCAGCCAAAGAUAAGAAGGAUCGGCCUGGAGUUAACAGCUGAAUGGAAGCAUGUUAAUGAUGAUAACCAAGAAAAAAAAAUUGCUCUGACAGCUGAACGUGUUCUUGAAAUAUUCAAGGCCAUCUCUGAUGAGACAUGCAUCAUUUUAGGCAUGGACCACAGGUUCGCUCGUCCUGAUUGGAUGGUUGCAACUAUCUUGCCCGUGCCCCCUCUGCCCGUCAGGCCGGCCGUUGUCAUGUUUGGCUCUGCCAGGAAUCAGGACGACUUGACACACAAACUGGCCGACAUAAUUAAGAUUAACAACCAAUUGAAACGCAAUGAGCAAAAUGGAGCAGCGGCUCACAUUUUAGCAGAAGACACAAAGAUGCUUCAGUUCCACGUCGCCACUAUGGUUGAUAACGAGAUGCCUGGUCUGCCUAGGGCGACACAGAAAUCGGGUCGUCCAUUGAAGUCCAUCAAACAGCGUUUGAAGGGCAAGGAAGGGCGAAUCCGUGGUAACCUUAUGGGGAAGAGGGUGGAUUUUUCAGGUAGGACCGUCAUCACCCCAGAUCCCAUGUUAAGAAUUGAUCAGGUCGGCGUUCCUAGAUCAAUAGCCCAGAACCUCACCUAUCCGGAGAUUGUCACUCCAUUUAAUAUCGACAGGAUGACUGAGUUAGUGAACAGGGGUGCCAACCAGUACCCCGGGGCCAAGUACAUUCUAAGGGAGAAUGGCGAUCGUAUUGAUCUAAGGUACCAUCCUAAAUCAUCUGAUCUUCAUCUUCAGUAUGGAUACAAGGUUGAGCGACACAUGCAAGACAACGACUACAUAAUCUUCAAUCGUCAACCAACCCUACACAAAAUGUCUAUGAUGUGUCACAAAGUCAAGAUUCUCCCCUGGUCUACAUUCAGACUCAAUCUAAGUGUCACGACUCCAUACAAUGCUGAUUUUGAUGGUGAUGAAAUGAAUCUCCAUCUGGCACAGUCCCUGGAGACGAGAGCCGAGAUUAGUCAGCUGGCCUCGGUGUCGAGGAUGAUCAUCACCCCACAGGCCAACAGGCCCGUCAUGGGUAUCGUGCAGGACUCCUUGACUGCCGUUAAUAAGAUGACCAGGAGAGAUACUUUCAUUUGCAAGGAAGACAUGAUGAACAUCCUGAUGUACCUUCCAAGGUGGGAUGGGAAAAUGCCGCAGCCGGCCAUCGUGAGACCCAAAGCCCUCUGGACAGGGAAACAGCUCUUCUCACUGAUCAUUCCCGGUCGAAUAAAUGUUAUUCGUACUCAUAGUACCCACCCCGACGACGAGGAUAGGGGCUCUUAUCAGUGGAUAUCCCCUGGGGAUACGAAGGUACUGGUUGAGGAUGGGAAGUUGCUCAGCGGUAUACUGUGUAAAAAAUCGCUGGGUGCCAGUGGAGGAUCCCUACAGCAUAUCAUCUAUCAUGAGCUGGGUUAUGAAGCCACAGCUGAAUUCUACUCCAACAUUCAAAUGGUCACCAACCAGUGGCUCUUAAUUGAAGGGCACACCAUUGGAAUUGCGGACACAAUUGCAGACUCCAAGACCUAUUCUGAUAUCCAAUCAGCUAUCAAGAAAGCCAAAACUGAUGUGGUGGAAGUCAUCGAGAAAGCUCACAAUGAUGAACUUGAACCGACGCCUGGAAAUACACUCAGACAAACUUUUGAAAAUCAGGUCAAUCGUAUCUUGAAUGACGCCAGAGACAAGACAGGUAGUUUGGCUCAGAAGUCCCUAUCUGAGUUCAACAACUUCAAGUCCAUGGUCGUUGCUGGGUCGAAGGGCAACAAGAUCAACAUUUCACAAGUCAUAGCCUGUGUAGGGCAGCAGAAUGUCGAGGGCAAACGUAUCCCCUUUGGCUUUCGACACAGGACUCUCCCUCAUUUCAUCAAAGACGAUUACGGUCCUGAGAGUCGAGGUUUUGUUGAGAAUUCUUACCUGGCUGGUCUUACACCUACAGAAUUUUUCUUCCACGCCAUGGGAGGUAGGGAGGGGUUGAUCGAUACGGCCGUCAAAACUGCUGAAACUGGGUACAUCCAACGUCGUCUCAUAAAGGCUAUGGAGAGUGUCAUGGUGAAAUACGAUGGUACGAUUAGGAAUCAGAUCGAACAACUCAUUCAAUUGCGCUACGGAGAGGACGGGCUGGCUGGUGAGUGGGUAGAAUUUCAAAAUCUUCCCUCUCUCAAACCAUCUGAUAAGGGCUUCGAGAGAGGGUUCAAAUUCGACCCGACCAAUGAGAAGCAUUUAAAGCAUUACUUAAACGAAGAUGUCUUAAAGAAGUUGAGUGGGGAUGCCAAUGUCAUUGCAGAAGUUGAGAAAGAAUACGAACAGCUGCUCGAAGAUCGUAUUGCAGUUAGGCAGAUUUUCCCCUCUGGCGAUAGUAAGAUUGUCCUUCCGUGCAAUCUACAACGCCUGAUUUGGAAUGCCCAGAAGAUUUUUCGCAUACAUUCCAGGAAACCAUCCAAUCUUCACCCUGUCAAAAUUAUUCAAGACGUGCGUGAACUUAGCAAGAAGUUCAUGAUAGUAAAAGGUGAGGACAGACUGAGUAAGGCUGCCAAUACAAACGCCACUCUACUCAUGAACAUACUGGUCAGAUCUACUCUUUGCUCUAAGAAGGUCAUCGAAGAAUUCCAUCUAUCCUCAGAGGCAUUUGAGUGGCUGAUCGGGGAAAUAGAAACAAAGUUUAUACAAGCCCAGGUUCAGCCCGGUGAGAUGGUCGGGGCCCUGGCUGCCCAAUCCCUCGGAGAACCCGCCACACAAAUGACCCUUAACACUUUCCACUACGCCGGAGUGUCUGCUAAGAAUGUAACUCUGGGUGUACCCAGACUCAAGGAGAUUAUAAAUGUUUCCAAAAAGCCCAGGACUCCGUCUCUGACUGUCUUCCUGACGGGACAGCCUGCUAGAGAUGCUGAGAAAGCUAAGGAUGUUCUCUGCCAGUUGGAGCAUACAACGCUUCGGAAGGUGACAGCCAACACUGCCAUCUAUUACGAUCCAGACCCCAUGCAUACUGUCAUAGAUGAGGACCAGGAAUGGGUGAGUAUCUAUUACGACAUGCCUGAUAUUGACAUAUCCCGCUUGUCUCCCUGGCUAUUGAGAAUCGAACUGGAUAGGAAGAGGAUGACCGAUAAAAAGUUGACCAUGGAGCAAAUAUCUGAAAAGAUCACAUCCGGCUUUGGGGACGAUUUGAAUUGCAUCUUUAACGAUGACAAUGCAGAAAAAUUAGUGCUAAGGAUUAGGCUAAUGAAUAAUCAGGAUAGCAAGCAAGGAGAUAUGGAAGAACAAAUCGACAAGAUGCCUGACGACACAUUCCUAAAACACAUCGAGUCAAACAUGCUGACUGAUAUGACAUUACAAGGAAUUACCACUAUUUCUAAAGUGUACAUGCAACAGCCAACUACUGAUGAUAAGAAACGUAUAAUCAUUGAUGAGAAAGGUGAGUUCAAGGCCCUACAGGAUUGGAUACUUGAAACUGAUGGCACUGCCCUUCGUAAGGUCCUGUCAGUCGAGAAUGUUGACCCAGUUAGGACGGUGACCAAUGAUAUCGUAGAGGUCUUUGAGGUUCUCGGGAUAGAAGCGGUACGAAAGGCCAUAGAGCGUGAGAUGAACAACGUCAUCUCCUUCGAUGGCUCCUACGUCAAUUACAGACAUCUCGCUCUUCUCUGUGACGUCAUGACGGCCAAGGGUCAUCUGAUGGCCAUAACUCGACAUGGCAUCAACAGGCAGGAAACUGGAGCACUGGCUCGUUGCUCCUUUGAGGAAACGGUUGACAUUUUAGUGGAGGCAGCAGCCCACGCUGAGAUGGAUCCAAUGAAAGGCGUGUCAGAAGCCAUCAUGCUUGGACAGCUGGCCAGGAUUGGAACUGGUUGUUUUGACAUGAUGCUGGAUGCUGACAAGUGCAAAUAUGGAUUGGAAAUCCCGACAAAUGUUUCAGCCAAUGCUCUGGCUGGCAGGGACAUCUUCGGCCUAACAUCAAUGACUCCGGGUGGAGCUACCCUUUUGGGCUCCCCUCAAAUGACCCCCUGGGGUCAGCAGAGCGGUGCCACCCCCUCCUACAACUCCUACUCGCCAGUUAGCGGAAUGACGCCUGGAACGUGUGCCGGGUUUUCUCCAAUCGAUCGCGGAUACAGUCCCUUGCAUAGUCCAGGAUGGUCUCCUGUUCCCGGAUCACCUGGAUCUCCAGCACUGACGAGCCCUUAUAUUCCGAGUCCCACUGGACCCCUCUCGCCAACCUACAGUCCGGAUUCUCCGUCGUACAUGCCGACGUCGCCCGCCUUGAUGCAGGCACAAAGUCCCGGCGGAUACAGCAGCAGAAGUCCUGUCUACUCAUCUGGAAGCCAUGGAUACUCGCCAACGUCACCCUCGUAUUCGCCAACGUCGCCCUCCUAUUCGCCAACGUCACCCUCCUAUUCACCUACUUCGCCCAGUUAUUCGCCGACUUCACCUAGUUACUCUCCCACUUCACCAUCUCGCUCGCCGGCCUCGCCAUCCUACUCGCCAACCUCACCAUCCUACUCCCCGACGUCACCGUCAUACUCACCAACGUCUCCAUCAUAUUCUCCGACAUCACCCAGUUACUCACCGACCUCACCAAGUUAUUCACCAACGUCGCCAUCUUACUCACCGACCUCACCAUCUUACUCACCGACUUCACCAUCUUACUCACCAACCUCACCAUCCUACUCACCAACGUCACCAUCCUACUCACCAACGUCACCAUCAUAUUCACCAACAUCACCGUGCUACCUGCCAACGUCACCAUCAUUCUCGCCAACAUCACCAAACUACAGUCCGACUAGCCCAAGUUACGUACCAACUUCACCAUCCUACUCGCCAACAUCACCAGCUUUUCCGCCCUCAUCCCCAAAUUAUUCUCCCUCAUCCCCAAAUUACUCGCACACUAGUCCACAGUACUCACCUGGAUCACCAAACUACAGCCCAUCGUCACCAGCGUCUCCAAAUUACUCGCCAACUUCACCAUCCUACUCGCCGUCAUCUCCUAAUUAUUCCGUGAAGAGCCCCGGAUUUAGUACGGCCUACAGCCCAUCAAGUCCCCAGUACAGUCCCACAAGUCCGGCUUACUGUCCGACAAGUCCUAGAUACUCGCCCACAUCACCGGGUUAUACCCCGAGUUCCCCAGCUUUCCCGUCGUCGUCACCAAAUUAUGCACCAUCAUCACCGACGUACUCGCCAACGAGUCCAAUGUUUGGAGGCGGUGAUGAUAGAUCGCCCAUGACUCCAGGCAGUCCGGCGCUUGAUUCCGACGAUGACGAAGAGAUGAAGGAUCCUGCCAAUGAUAACGAUGUCGAAGAUGAUGACGACGAUGAAGAUAUGGUAGAAGCUUGAGCAGGUGAAGAAGAUGACGACGACGAAGAUGAAGAUAUUGAAAUGUAUUAGAAUCUUGAAUAUGUCACGAUGUAGAUGAUGACUAUUUAGACCAUAUUAAAAUCUGAAAAGGAUAAUGAUGGUGGUGAUGAUAAAAAUGAUGAUGAGGACUUGAUGAAGGGAUAGAGAAAUAAUGAUAGCUAAACUACGUUGCUGACUGAAAAACUCAUUCAUGAUUUUGUUGACGUUGUUGGCGAAAUUGUUUCUGAUUUACAUUUAAGAAUAUAACCGUUAUUGCUUUGUUUUGCAUCAGUGCAUUUGUCUCGUUUCGUUUCGCAGUUCUACUGUACCGUUAUAAUUCAUUGAUUGAAAUGAUAAAAGUUUAUCAUGUUAGUUAUAUCGCUAAUCAAUCAAUUGACUUUUUAAUUAAUGCUUGAGUUCAUUUCGAAGUUUUUAGAGGUCCGCAUAGCACCAAGUUUAGAAACAAGUGAACAUUUUAAAUAAUCUAUUCAUUCAUUUGUUCGUCCUUUCACUCUUCA